AAUAAAAAAAAAAAUAUUAAUUCACAAAAAAAAAAAAAAAAAUUAAAUGAUCGACACUGUCACACUUGUUUAAGUAUUCGAAGGAUUAUUAUCUAAUAUGCCUUUAAAAGUAUAAUAAAGUGAAUAAUUUAUAAACUAAAAUUAAUUAUAACCAAAUUACUGUAUAUAAUUAAUGAUCUUAGCAGACAAUCCUUAAUAUUCUCAAUAAAUCCGCUUAUCAGCUGUAACUAAUAUAAAAAAUACAAUAGAAAAAUACUGGAUUACUACAAAUAUGAAUAAUAAUACAGCUUUAUCUUUAUAAGAUAAAGCCACUAUUAAAUAAAGUAUAGCGGAUGCUUUUAUAAGAUCAUCUAGUGAUAAUUAAAUAUUUGUUUUAUACAAAUAAAUAAUAACUAAAAUAAUAAAUUACGAUUAUCCUAAUGAAUGGCCUGAAAUAUUGACUAAUAUAUUAACUAGAUUAGGUUCUUCAUAAAAUUUCGAGGAAAUACAUGUUUGUUUGAUUACUCUUUAGAAAAUAUUCAAGAAAUACGAAGUUGAACUCGAAAGCAAUGUCCUUGAUCAUCUUUUAAGCAAAUCUAUUAUUAUUAUUUAGAAUUUAGCAGGCCAAUUAUUAUAAAAUUAUAAUCUAUAAACAGCUUAUUAACUAAAAUGUAUACUUAAAAUUUACCUUCAUUCAAUUAAUAUGAAUUUCCCUUUAAUAUUAGCAGAUUAGAAUACACUAUAAAAUUGGCUAGUUAUAAUAAAACUUGUACUUGAUUAUUAGAUUAUUUAAGAAUCUACAAAUAUUGAAAAAAAUCCUUUUUGGAAAAAUAAAAAAACAUCGAUAGAUAUAUUAAUAAAAAUGUUGUAAAAACAUUGCUUAAAAAAUUCUAAAGACAAAAUAUAGAAAUAAGUUGCAUGCUUAUUUUUAUAAAAAUAUUCUGGUUCCUUUGUAUAAUCUAUUCUUAAUAUUUUAUUUAAUGAACUUCUUAAAGGAAAACAAGUGCCAGAAGUUGUUAUUAAUUGCUGCCUAUAGUUUUUAUUAUAUUCUUAAAAUUAUGAUGAAACAUUUGAUGUCUUGCAUCCUAUUUUCGAAUAAAUCAUUUUCGAUUUAUGUAUUCCUAUGUUAUAACCAACUGCAUAAGACACUGAUCUUUACAAUAGCGAUCCAGAAGAUUAUAUUAGAAAAAAUGAAGACAAUAUAUCUAUAGCAGUUAAUAAGAAUGCUUCUGUUAAAUUAAUUAUUGAGGCAUGCAAAGUAAAUAAUCCUAAAGGAGAAGCUUAUAUAAACUUAAUAUUUAAUUUUAUUGUUUAAUGUUUAAAUAAUAAUAUAAAUCCUAGAAAUAAUUUAAAUAUAUCUAUAGCUUUUAAAGAAGGAAUUAUUAAUUUGUUAGGAAUAAUUAGAGAUUAAGUAUUAACUAUUUAUGAAGUGAAAGAAAUAACAGUAUAAUUAGAAAACGUUCUUUAAAAUUAUAUUAUUCCUUUAUUUUAAUCUGAUAUAGGAAUCUUAAAAGCUCGUGUAUGCUAAACAAUAGGAAUUUUCGGAGGAAUUUAAUUUACUAAUCCUUAUAAUUUACAAAAUAUAAUAACUGGACUUUCUUAAUGUAUGAUAAAUGGAGAUUUAGUAUUAAAAACAUAGUCUUCAAUUGCUUUAUAAUACUAUAUAAAUUAAGAAGGUGUAAAAGAUUUAAUAAGGCCUGGUUUAUCUGAUAUGUUAUCUAUUUAUAUAAAAUUAAUGAAUAAAUUAGACAAUGAUAGUUUAGUAUCUGCUUUAGAAGUAAUUGUUAGUAAUUUUACAGAAGAAAUAGCCCCUUAUGCAUAUGAUUUAGCCUUCCAUUUAAGCUCAGUUUUCUACCGAUAUAAGAAUAAAGAAGUUGGGGAAGAAGAAAAUUGCGAAGAUGGCGAAGUUUCGGGUGCUGAAUGUUUAUAGGCGAUAAUUAAUAUUUUAGAAGCUCCUUUAGAAGUUUAGGUUUAUUAGAAAAUAGAAAAAGACUUUUUAAGUAAAUUAAUUGUAGAAUGUUUUGUGGAUAAAGAAUAGAGAUAUUUAGAAGAAGGAUUUUCUAUUUUAAAUAUUUUACUUUUUAAAAUGAAUUAAAUUCCUAGUAGUUUAUGGAUUUUUUACCCUUUUAUGUGUUAUUGUAUUAUUGGAGUUCCUUAAAAUAUUAAUCUUUCAUAAAUUUAAUAUAAUGAAGAAUAUUAUUAAUUAUUUUCUGUAUUAGUUAAUUCUACUGAAAAUCAAAAAUAAUAAUGGGCUUAAGUAGUUGAUAGUAUGGUAGGUCCUUUAAAGAAUUAUUUUUAGAAAGGAAAAGAUAUAAUUUUAUAAUAAAAUGAUAUUUUCGGUUAGAAUUUGGUCAAGCUAUUAUUUGAUUUAGUUGAAGGAAUUUACUAAAAUUAAAAGAAUUUUACUUAUACAGAAUAAGCAAUUGCUACUAGUUUAAUAAUUGGUUUUGUAGAAAAUAUGUAAAGCCCAUAAAUUGAUCAUAUUUUAUAAAAUAUUAUUGAGUAAGGUUUAUCCAAAAUUAAAAAUUCAAUUAAUAAAAAUGUCAAAAUUAUCAAUAUUUAACUCAUUUCUAUUUGCCUUUAUUAUAAUCCAUUACUUACAUUGAACUUUUUAGUAGAAUUUUAAUGUCUUGAUUACUACUUUUAGGCUUAUUUUGAAAAUUUGGGAGUCUUUAAGACUGAUUUUGAAAAAUAAAGAAUGCUUGUAGGUAUUAGUUCUAUCUUAAAAUUAUAAUAGAGUUAGCUUCCUUAAGGUAUUUUAAACUCAUUUUAAGGUUUAGUGUGUUAUUUGGUUUAAUUGACUACAGAAAUAAUAAAAUUAAGGGAAAAAGGUGAAAAUAAAGAAGAUAAUAAUUGUAAUAGUAACAACGAAUUAUAAAAAUUAUAAUAACAACUACAAUAAUACAACGAUAAUACUCCAGGAGAAAAUAUAGCAGAAAGCGAUGAAGAAGAAGAUGAUGAAGAAGAUGAAGAUUUUGAUGAUAAUGUAGAAAUGAGAAGUAAAGUAGUAUAUAAAUAUAUAAGUCCUUUAGAAAUGUUCGACGAAAUACUUUAUUUAGAAAAAGUUGUUUUGGAUUAAAUGUAAAAUGAUGCAGGUAUGUAUGGAUUUAUUAUAGGUUGCUUAGGGGAAGAUUAAAAGAAUUAAUUAAAUUCAAAUUUUAAUUUUGUUAAAUGUUAAAAUAAAUAAUAAUUAUAAAGCUGA